UGAGUGGAGAGUGGAACAGAGUGGAGCGGCGUCGCACUGACUCAGUGCUCUGCAGCUCCUCUCGGGGACGUCUGGAAACGCUCCGACCUCCGGUUUCACUUCCCACGGAGGACUUUUGCCGCUGUCCUAGACCUGUAAUGUCAGCGCGCAGUCGUUACUCAGAGGACGGCAGCAGCUGCGACAGUGCAGACGAGAGAGAUCUGGUCGCUCUCGCCUCGGCCAAAUUAACCAUCGUGGUCGGAGACGCCCACUUCUCCGAGGAGAAGAGGUUCCUCGUCCAGAGCUGCGACUACUUCCGAGCUCUGUAUCGCUCCGGGAUGAAGGAAUGUCGGCAGGACGAGAUCCACCUCAAGUCUCUGCGUGCUCGAGGCUUCCUCGUCGCCUUGGCGGUGUUACGAGGCGAGACGCCCGUCCUGGACGCCGACGACAUCGUCGAAGCCAUCGAAUGUGCCGCUUUCCUGCAGGUGGCGCCGCUCACCAAGCAUCUCGUCCACCUCGUUGAUUCUGACAACUGUCUGCUGAUGUUUCACACCGCCGCCAUCUUCGGCCUCAUGGAUCUCUACCGCGUUGCCGCGCUGUUCAUCCGGGACGCGUACGCUGACAUGGAAGCGGAGGUCAAGAAAUCCCUGCCGGCAGAGCUGGUCUCCUACGUGGAGUCUUUGACCCCGAGUAGUUUUGUGGCUGUGGGGGCUCACGUGACCUGCGGGGUGGAUGAAACGGUCCACGCCGCCUCCAGGACGGUCUGCUACCUGGAUGAAGUUGCCAACGUUUGGAAAGUGUUGACAGAUCUUCCACCAGAUGCCAGCACCUCCAUGGCUGGAGUGACCGUGUUGGACAACAAGCUCUACGUCGUCGGAGGAGUCCAUGGACGUCACAGACAGGUCGUGGACUCGGGUUUCUGCUACAGCGUCGCGACCAACACCUGGAGCCGGAUCUCCAGUCCGGCGCAGCUCCGAUGCAACCUCAGCCUCGUGGGUUUGGACGGUCGACUCUACGCCAUCGGAGGAGAGUACGACCGGAAGUCGAUGUCGUCCGUGGAAGCGUACGACGUUGAGACGGGAAGGUGGGAGUUUGCGGCCCACUUACCACGCCCGGCGGCGGGUGCGGCGUGCACCAAGGCCACGGGCCGGGUCUUCGCGUGUUUGUGGAGGCCGAUGGAGACGACGGAGAUCUACGAGUACGUCCCGAGGACAGACGAGUGGCGGCUGGUGACCACGCUGAUCCGGCACCAGAGCUACGGCCACUGCAUGGUCGGCCACGGGGACAAGCUGUACGUGGUGAGAAACGGGCCGUCGGACGACUUCCUGCGGUGCCUGAUGGACCGUUACGAUCUGACGUCGGGCCAGUGGUCGUCUCUGCCGGGACACUUCGCCAACAGCAAAGGUUCGCUGUUCACGGCGGUGGUGAGAGGCGACUCCGUGCUCACGCUCAACAGGACCGCGACGCUGGAGUUCGCCGUGGACGGUGAGACCUGGAAGCCCCGGCGGCAGAUGAAGGGUUUCCCCAGAAGUGGGUCGGUUUGGACGUUCCUGCUCCGACUGCCGGACGCUCGCACGCUGCAGUGAUGGCUGCAUUUGAUCCGAGAUUUAAUGGA